GCAGCUCAACGACUGCGGAAAGUGCGUAAACCAGCAGCGGUGAUCGGUUCAUUCAUAACAGUGGAGCAGGUUGUCACCGGGCGGAGAGUGGAGAUUAACGGGCGAAAAAAUGGCGAAGCGGAGAAUCACACAGGAAACAUUUGAUGCUGCUGUCAGAGAAAACAUGGAGGAGUUUGAGAUGGACCCUGAUGAGGCUCUGAGGGAGGCUGUGGAGCAGUUUGAGUCUCAAGGUGUGGACCUCAGCUGUAUAGUAAAAGCCGUACCAGCUGUACCAUCUGAUGACAAACAAGAAGAGCAAACACACGAGAUCUUACAGGUUUUGGAUUCGCUGCGGAUCGGAAAAGACUCUGCUAGUGUCUUGGAUGUGACUGCAGACAUUAAAAGCUUCACAGAGCAUUGCUCAAGUGGAUUUGCCCAGAGGUACCUGGCUGCCCAAAAAGACGCCUACCCCGUCAUCUUCUCUUACUGCAAAAAAAGCGUGGAGGAGCAGGAAGCUGUGUCGACCUCCUUGUCUGCUCUGGCUGCGCUGACAGACGGACAGCCAGACUUGUUGGACGCAGAUGGCCAGCAGUUCCUUUUGAAUGUCCUCAAGAAGCACGAGGCAGAUUCCUCCGUGACGCGUGUGGCCAUCUGCACUGUGCGUCACUGCUGUUUGAAACACGAACAGAACAGGCAGGAUUUGGUAAAAGGCGGCGUCCUGCCCCUGCUGACCGGUGCCAUUAAACAACACAGCGGAUGUGCUGAGCUGGUGAAGGAGGCCUCCGCAGCUCUCAGGGUCAUGACCUUUGACGACGAUGUCAGAGUUACAUUUGGGCAUGCUCAUGAACACGCCAAGAUGAUUGUCCUUGAGCACAAUGGACUGAAGGUUUUAGUUGAGGCUGCAAAAGCUCACCUUGAUAACACUUCUGUUCUGAGUGAGCUGUGUGCAACUCUGUCCCGUCUGGCUGUGAGGAACGAGUUCUGUCAGGACAUCUGUGAUCUGGGAGGAUUGAAACUCAUGAUGACACUGCUGGCAGACAGCUAUGAGACACCGGAGUUGGUCCGGCAGGUCCUCAGUGCGAUACGAGCCGUAGCAGGAAACGAUGAUGUGAAAGAUGCCGUUGUUAAUGCUGGUGGAGUCCAGCUCAUCGUAAUCGCCAUGAAUAGACACAUGAGCAAUUCUGCU